GACAGAGCCGCGCACGGUGGGAGCUCUCGUUCUUUCGGGGCCACUGCGCUUGCGUUGAUACCGCCAGCAAGACGGUGGAUGUGCAGUGCGCAUGCGUUUCAGCGCCGUGCGCCCGGGGUGAGGAGACGGCGGCGGGACCGUGAAUUACGAGGUGACGAGAGGACGCUGCCUACGCGGGAGGCGUCCCGUCCUGACGCGCUGCCGCACGGGUCCGGGCAGGUUGAAGGCGGCCCGCUCAGGCCCUGGCAACGCGGGGGCGGGUCAGCCUCCGCCGGCAGCUUCUCUGGGGCCCGCCUCAGCGCCGCGCAGGCAGCCGCCCGCCGCCGCCAUGCCUGAGGGCAAGUCCGUCUUCCGGGAGGUGCUGCCCAAGCAAGGGCAGUUGUCAGUGGAGGAUGUGGCUACCAUGGUGUUAUGUAAGCCAAAACUAUUGCCUUUAAAAUCUGUUACCCUAGAAAAGCUAGAGAAAAUGCAGCGAGCAGCACAGGAGACAAUUCGCCAGCAAGAAGUGGCACAGAAGGAGCAGCAGCAACAAAGUGAAUAGUGUGCAUGAUGGCUCACCCCCUUUAAGAAAUAUUUCACCUAAAUAUUGUACUUUAGUUUGUGUAUAUUAAUCUAGUGAUGUUUGCUGUACAGUUAUUAAAAAGGAGUUCAGGAAUAGUAGAAGUCCAUACUAAACUUUCUUAGCUCAUGUCUUCUUAUAUUGUACAUAUUAUAAAAGUCUGUAGAUUUUGCUUAAGAGGAGUCUUUUGUUAGUAUGCUUAUUACCUUCUCUGUAGCUGGGGCUUUCAGCUUCGUAGCUUGAUUUCUUUUUUAAAAAGCUUCAUAAUUGUGCUGGCUUAAAAAAAAUAAGCCCCAUGAAGAGUUUGUCCCCCUCAACUUACUUUUUUUUCCUCUGUAAACUAUUUACUUUAGUUCAUUACUUGAGGCUGGAGAUGUAUAGUUAACAUUUCUGAAAUGUUACAAAUCUUGCCUGGCCGUUCUGGUCUAGGUAUUAUAUUAGAGCAGCAGCUCUGCUAGAGGUUAAGCAUUGUUUACUGUUUAAAGCAUUACAUAAGUGCUUUACAAUCCA